UCCGAGUACAUGGUGCUUGUAUUUGGAGUAACAGAGGCGCAUUGGCUGGAAUAAGUGUGAACACAGUGGCGUUGAGUGUACAGGCAAGAUGGCACUUGGAAAACUCUCGAUUGUGUUGUUGAUGGUGGCAAAUGCGUGCAGUGUUUUGUCCCAAACUGAUCCAACAUGCAUCACACCAGUCCGCCUGGAAGGUUUCUGUGUGCCAAUCGAACGUUGUCGGAACAUCUACAAUACCGUUCGGACGUCUAAAACUCUUUCCCGAAAUGUCCAGAACUAUAUCAACCGCUUAGAAUGUACACUGCCCGAUGUGGUUCGAAGUAUAUGCUGUGUGCCACAGGAAGUUGAUCCAAAAAUGCCUUCCACAACCCCCGUUAUCACUACAACCUCUUUUAAAACCCGCAUUAUCACAACAAUUCCUACAACAACCCCCGAAAUCACGACAACCUCUACAACAACCCCGGCAUCGACAACAACUCCCGUUAUCACGACAACCUCUACAACAACCGCCGCAUCAACAACACCUCCCGUUAUCACGACAACCUCUACAACAACCCCGGCAUCGACAACAACUCCCGCUAUCACGACAACCUCUAGCACAAUCCCCGUAAUCGCGACAAUUCCUACCACAACGCCCGUUAUAAUGACGACCACUACCCACGAAGAGCUCAAUGAGUUGCCCAAUGGUCAGAACUGGAGUCUACUACCGACGACAGCUUGUGGUCAAAUACUAGGUGAAAGGAUUGCGCAUGGCAAUGCGACGGAACCCUUUGAAUAUCCGUGGAUGGUGUUGCUGUUGUACCUUUGGAACGGUGUACUGACGGAUGGGUGCGGAGGAUCGCUGAUCAACAACCGCUACGUAUUGACGGCAGCACAUUGCGUGCGCACUUCAAGUGUUUUUAAGUUGUCCAAAGUCCGUCUAGGGGAGCACGAUAAAACUAAGGAAAUUGAUUGCAUUGUGUACAAGGACGAUUACAAGGAUUGUGCUGAUCGUCCGAUCGAAAUUGAUAUAGAAUCAACGGUCGUACAUAGCGAGUACAACAGACCGAUCCGGUUCCGGCAUGACAUCGCUUUGAUUCGGAUGGUGCAAGACGUCGAAUUUAGUGAUUCCAUCAUACCCCUUUGCUUACCGAUCAGAGAGGAUAUUCGAAAUAUGAUGCUACCAAAAUAUACCGUCACGGGGUGGGGUAUUACUGAGGAGAAAACAGCGUCCGAUAUUUUACAACAGGCAGACCUAAACCAUGUGCCCGUAUCAGAUUGCCAACAAAAAAUGAAGGAAAAUGGACUCAGAAUAGACCUUUCGGAGGAGUACCAAAUGUGCGCUGGCGGUGAAGGACUGGUUGACUCUUGCAAGGGUGAUUCAGGAGGUCCGUUGGGCUCUUUCGUAGACCUCAUAGGUGGCAAGUACGUCCAGUAUGGAAUCGUAUCGGCCGGAGCUGGUACAUGCGGAAUAUCACGUGUCCCGGGCAUUUACACUCGAGUUUCAAGCUACAUGGACUGGAUAGUGGAAAACAUGCAACCGUAAUUGUACCCUCCACCACAACAUCUACGAAAAAGAUUAAUCUAAUAUAUAAAAAAAUCACAAAUGGUUGAUCUAUGGUGUUGUUUAAAGGAAGAAGGUUGAUAAACAUG